AGUAAAAAAUGUAUAAAUCUAAACAUACACUAUCCUAGUGUCCAUCAAUUAGAGUAGUUAAAUAAAAGUAAAAUUACACUAGAAAACUACUCUAAAAAUCUGUCAGUGUUUAUCAACUCUAAAUUACUCUGUAAAUUUAGCGCCAAAAGUUUUUAGGGGUUUUCAACACUAUUAGGUGCAAAUCGCUCUAUAUAGUGUUAAUUUACACUAAAAUUACAGCUCUAAUGCGCAUGCCUACGAAUAAUGCGAUUGCACAUGUUGGCACAUAGGUCCAUAAGUGUGUGACUGUUCUUGUGUUUCUUUUUAAGUAAGUAUAUAUAUUUAUAUAUUUAUUGUUGAUUGUUUUUUUAUGUAUUUUCUGGACAGGUAAUAUUUUCAGGUAAGCAAAUAUACUUACAAAAAUUAAUUUCCUAAUUUCUAUUUAAUUGUUGUAAAUUGCGCAAUAUUGUUUAUUCGCAGAUACAAAAGGCUUCUCCGAUUGUAAUAAGUAAUAAAUAAUAAAUAUCCAGUGAAUUUGUAAUUAGUCUUGGCACUGGAACUGAAGCCGUAGGUCUUCUUGAACUGAAAAAAUUAUUUGUGGGAUCGAAAUUUUAUUUUUUUAAGAACAUCAUUGACCCAAUAGCUUUUGCUAUUAAACAUAAAUCACUUAAAAACAUAUUUAUCGGCACCUCUAAACUUUACGGUUUUUCUUCUGUGUAAGAAAGUUUGCACAACUGUUUCGCAUUUCUCAGUACAAAACGUCAGAUUAUUUUUAAUAUAUUUAAAAUAAUUUUAAGCCUUGUUGAGUCCAAUUUGAAGAAUAAAGUAUUAUAUUCAACUCGUAUUCGUGAAAAAUCGGUUUAUUUAUUCAUAAUUCAUUGGAUCGUUUGAUUUAAUACUGUAGGAAAAAGGCCUCAAGGGCAUCAGUUAAAAAAUUCGAUGCUUCGCAUUUCAAGUUUUUUUAUUAAUGUUUUUACACUUUUUUAUACACCCUUUUAAACAAACUAAAGAAAUUAAAAUCAUUUUCGGUAUAGGGCCAGCAAAACCUUAGCCUAAUUAUCUCAUUUUUCAGAAAAAAAUUGCUCAUUUCUCGUCACUAUGUUUAUUAAAAUUAAACACAUUCAUUUAACAAAACUGGCGAAAAUCGACAUCAGUUCGGCGACUUAUGAGGAUUUAGUAAACAUUGCAAAAUUAAAAUUCCCGGAGCUCGCUGACGAGCAAAUUUAUUUCCAUGAGAAAGAUGGAACAAUUUUGGAAGAAGACGUUAUUCUUGACUUCUUAAAAGAAAAUUCGAGGGAAUCGAUUUUACUAAUCGUAUGUAAAAUAAGAGCUACUGCUGAUGAAUUAAAUUUUGCAUCAGCAAGUACUGUCUCUAUUAUAAGUACGGAGUACCAAGACACUGACGAAAGUACCACCAGUGAGGAUGAAAUUAGUGAAAACAUUUCAGUCGUACCAAGUGAUAAAAGAAUAGAUCCUAAUAUUCAGAAAGAGGAAACAUUUAAAAAACCUAUGGGUUACAAAGAAAUGUCUGUUGAGGGGUGGAAAAAAUUUAUAAGAAAUAGAAUGGGUGAUGAGAUUUUUGAGUUUUACAGUCGAAAUGGUUUUCUGAAAAAAUCAUUACGUAUUCAAUUAGUCAAUGCAACGACUUCUGAAUUAGUGCGUAUGUAUGGAAUCUCAGUUCCUGAAUUCGCCAAAAGAAAUUUGGGACAGGCUAUUAUUUCAAUAUUUCCUAAAUUGAGAAACCCGUGUGGCCCAACGGGCUACGAAGCCUUUUAUAAAAACGACAAUGGGGGGGAAGGUUUUAUUAGUUAUAGGUUACGCUUUAUCGCGAAAAAUUCCAAAGAUGAAGACAUUAGGGCCGCGGUACGCAGAAGGAAGCGCAAAGCUGUUGAAAACGCGUCCGAUGAAGUGAAGGAAAAAAAAGAAGAUUGUAGAAAUACAUAUAAAAACGUAAUAACUAUCACUCCAGAAAUUUCUGAUUGUGUGGAAUUUCUGAGAAACGCUUCUCCUCAAACAGACCAAGAAGCAAUCUUGGACAGAAUGAAAAAAACGUUCACUUAUAGGCGGUCCUUGGAUGUUAAUGUUUUAUCAAUCUUUCCGAGAUUUCUGGACACUCCAUAUCUUAUUGAACACGAUUUUCGAUUACUUUUUCCUGAUAAAGAACUCAGUUUUAUUGCCAAAAUAAACAAUGAUGCAGAGAAAAUUCUAAGUAUAUAUGAUAGUGAAGUAGCCACACCUGCCACAGAAAUAUUAGGUUCGACGGAAGGUUCAAGUGACAAAUUUGACAAAGUUACACGAUCUUUGUUAGCCCUAGCCAAACUUCUUCAAUGGAGGGUUAAUUCAAAACAAGUGAGUGAUUUAAAUGGAUAUUCCUACUUUGAAAGGUUAAUCGUUUUUAAAAAGCUAAAUCAACCGGUCGCAGAAAUAUUAUCUUCACUUCAAAGAAAACAACCAUUUCUGUUGGCACAAGGGCAUAGUAAUAAGGGGGCAAUUACGAAGUACCACAUAGUAGUGGACAGACAGCUCAUCCCUUGCCCUGACCACUGUUCCAGUGCGGAGGCUUUCCAGUUGCUGUUUAUGACUCAUUAUGUGUUCAACAUAAGGUACGAUCACAAACUAAAAUUUUUUUGGGAAUUCAUACAAACCUAUUAUUUUGACAUUGAAUCCGAAGGUAUAUUGUACACUCCACUUAUGUGUCUAGUGAGAACUAGACUCUUAAAUGAUUAAUGAUAACAUUGUUUUCGAUUUUGUAUACUUGUUAGAGUUCUUUUUGUUAGUUUUUUAUACGAGUUUUUUGUUAUAUGAGUGAGUAAUUAUUUACAAUGUUUGUGUGUUCCUUAUGUAAUAAGAAAUUAUUAAAAACUUAUUUGGUUGUCAAGCAUUUAAGAACAAUUCAUGGAUUAUUUGAUAAUCCGAAACUUAAUUUAAGAUGUUGUUUUCAGUUUUGUUAUUCAAAUUUUAAAACUUUUAAUGGAUUUAGAAAACAUAUGUUGAUUCAUGAGACUGAGAAUUUAGGUAAACAAUUAUUAAGAAAUAAUGAGAAUUUGGUUGGGUCUACAGAGUUUUUACAGAGGACUAGUAAUAAUGCUGCAGUAACUCCUCUUAGCUCUCUCACUAUUAAUUCUCAAGUUGAUAUUGUUGAUGAGUGUGGUGUUUGUGUUGAAGAUGACAAUAAUGUUGCAAUAACUUCUCUUAGCUCUCUCACUACUAACUCUCCAGUUAAUAGUGUUGAUGAGCGUGUUGUUUGUGUCGAAGAUGAUAAUAAUCGUGAUUUUAAUACAUUAGAAGAUGGUUCUUUUACUAAAAUCCAGAAUGAAUCAUUUGAUAUUGAGGUACUGUUCCAUAUAUUUUUUCAACAAAUUAUGCCACUGAGUUUACCACACUCACAAUUUCAAGCUGUAUAUGAAGCGGUUGAUGAAUUACUUUUAAAUUUGUUCGAGUAUAUGUUAAAUAACAGUGUUAAUGAAAAUCUUUUUUUUUCUUUCUUAAAUAGUGUUAGAGAUAAAGUUAAAAUAGAAAUGAAUAAAUAUAGCAGCACAUAUAAAAGAAAUAAAAUUAUUAAUUCAAAAAUUGUUUUGCCAAAGGAAAUAUAUUUAGGUAUACGUAAUGAUUCCAUAUUCGACAAAAGUACGAACACAAGAAUAGAAGUAAAUAUCCCCAGAACAUUUCAAUACGUACCUAUUCUAGAAACACUACAGUGGUUGAUAAAUAAUAACAAAAUAAUAUUGGACUAUAUAUCAACAUUCAAGUGUACUACUCAUGAAAAGGAAUUAAUUACAAGUGGCACAUACCUUGAAAAUAAUGAAUUAUUUUUACAAAAAAAAUAUUUUGUAAAAUUGCAGUUAUAUUACGACGACUUCGAAACUGUUAAUCCUUUAGGUAGUAAGACAGGAGCUCACAAAAUCGGUGCGUUAUAUUUUACAAUUCAAAAUUUACCCUAUGCAUUUAACUCAAAUUUAAAAAACAUACACCUUUUAGCUUUAUUUUUUACGUCUGAUUUGAAGUCUAGUUGCAUAGGUGAAGACAUUACACUAAAUAAAAUAUUAUCUCCUAUCAUUGCAGAUUUAAAAAAAUUGGAAACUGAGGGUAUUUUAGUAGAUGGCGUUUCUGAACCAAUUUUUGGCACGAUUUCAUCUCUUUCUCAUGAUAAUCUAGCUGCAAAUUCUUUGCAUGGAAUGGUUGAAUCCUUUCAGGCUAAUUAUUUUUGUCGGUUUUGUUUAUCUCACAAACAUGAGAUGCAGAAUAUGUUUUCAGCAAGAGAUUGUACUUUAAGAACAAGUGAACUGUACGAACAACACAGCAGUAUAGCGGAAAGAAACAAUAAUCACCAUUUUGGCAUCAAAUUUCGCAGCAUCUUAAAUGAUCUUAAUUUUUUUAAACUUUGCGAUACAUCUUCUGUAGAUAUAAUGCACGAUAUUUUGGAAGGGACUGUUCAGUACGAAUUAAAACUUUUUCUUUUAGAAAUUGUGAAUGCGAAAUUAUUAACACUUGUCCAAAUAAAUGAAAGGAUACAUUUAUAUGAUUUUGGUACAACAAAUAGCUCCAAUAGACCUAGCCCAGUUGUUCUGGACAAAAAUAAUAAUAAUAUCAAACAAAAAGCAGUGCAAGCGUGGUGUCUGAUUAGAUAUUUACCUUUAAUAAUUGAUGAUGUCACAACCGAAGUAGACACAAAAUUUCAAGUAAUACUAUUAUUGUUAAAAAUUAUGUCUAUUGUCUUUGCACCUAGAAUUUGUACUAAAAUGGUAACAGAACUUGAAACGUUAAUUGAAACUCAUCAUCAACUUUUCAAAUUGGUCUUUGAUAGUCCUAUUAUUCCCAAACAACAUUUUAUGCUUCAUUAUCCAACAGUAAUUAAAACAAUGGGUCCAUUGCUAAACCUCUGGUGCAUGCGUUAUGAAUCUAAACAUGCAAUGAUAAAAUAUUUUGCGUCAAAAUUUAGAAAUUAUAAAAAUUUAACAAAAACUCUUGCACUUCGUUGUCAACAAAUGUCAGGAACUUCUCAUCCUAAUAGUUUAUUUGAGAUAUGUGAACAAUUUGGUCCUUCUGUAUCAUGUUUAAUUAAAGAUUAUAGAUUUUCACAUUUAAUUUCUGUAGAUGAGGAUGAAAUUGAAAACGAUUCAACCGUAUCUCAAUAUAAAUGGUUCAAAUGUGGAUACCUUUACAAAAAAAAAAUGUUUAUAUGUGUAGGAAAAGAUUAUUACCUAAACUCUCAGCUUCCACAGUUUGAUGAAAUAAUUGAUAUAUGUUCAAUAGAUACUGAUGCCUCGGAAAAACAGAUAUUUUUUGUAACAAAAAAAUGGAAAACUGAAUCUUUUGUCGAAAGACUUCAUUCUUAUAAAUUAAAAGAUACAGAUAUUAGUCCAACUUUUGACAUUAUAGAAUUUAGUUUUCUUUUAUAUAAGGAACCAUAUAAUAUAUCACAAUCAUUUUCCUCUAACGAAUGGUUACUCGUUCCGAAAUACAAAUUUAUUUUUUAGAGUAUGUAAAUUCGUUAAAUGAGUUUCUGUUACUUC